AUUCAAGUUGCUCCGAUGAUGGGUCAUCCUACGACAGCGAUACUGAAAAUUCAUGUUAUAACCGAAGGCGAUAUUCUUUUAAUAUUUAUGAUGACAUUAAAUCUCGAGAAUUGCCAAUAUGUCAUCAUAGAAGGUCAAAAUCUUUUACAACUGCUGAAUUGGCUCUAAAGCAAGGUGCUCGCUCAUUACCUAGGCGAACAUUUGAAGUUGACAUUCAAACGUACAUGAUUUAUAAGAAUCUUAAAGUACGAGAGGCAAAAUUAGAAGAACUGAUAAAGCAUUUAAAAUCGACUGCUAAAAUAUAUGAUGACCAAAUUGAGCAAUUGUCCAAUGCAUAUGAAGAAAGAUAUCAAACCUUCAAAUCAACGGAAGAAAAUAGUUCAAAAAUAUUGUCCAAACAAAAAAAAGUAUCUGAAGCUGUAAAACAAAUUUAUAAUGAUGCAACUGCUAAAGGAAAGUUAAAUUAUGAAUUGAGCUUAUUGGAAGAUAAGUUAAAGGAAAUUGAUGAGUUUAUUGAACAAUUUUGUUUUAAG